AGUAGCUUCCUCCCGGACGGCCGGCGCUUGCUUCGCAGUUGCGGGACGGGCGCUCUGGGCUGGCUCCUGUCGGUGUGUAGCGGCCGUCGCGUCAGAACUGGUCCGCCGCUCACGUGCCAAGAAUUUAAGCAGAGACCUGAUGUGAAACUUACCGACUCACAUGGUAGCAAAUACAAAGUAGAGCAGUGAUCCUGACUUCAUCGUCUGGUGCAGGGGUCUGCUGAAAUGCCACACACAAGCUAGUCCACACUGCAAGUCAUUCUCUGGCAGUGGUCACUGCUAGCAUAGCAAAACCAUGCUGGGGGAGUGGGACAAGUGAGCACCGUUUCUUACAGUGUUCUCCUGCUGCCAGGCUCCCUGUGCCCACAUUACCUGGAGCAGAGGUCACCACCAACCAGCCUAAGACAGACCAACAGGCAGGGCCAACCACUCUUCACCAUGACCGCCAGCCAGCCGCAUCUGCACAGCAAUAGCUGUGGCAUUAGUAACCGGGAUCCCUGUAGAGGAAUUCCUCUCUGGCAAUGAUAGCUGGAAAGAGAAACAGGACCUUCUAGUGGAGGAAGAAGUUGGGUGAAUGAAUGAGUGGCAGGGGUCACUUCCAAAGGGACUAGGAGGGAUAAAACAACUCAAUUCAGGCAGCUGCUCCUCCCCACCCCCCCCCAAAGUUGCCUGCUGACUGAAGGGAAGCCAUCUCCCAUGAGGCCAAGUCAGCUGGUGGGAGCCAUGUUCUCAGUAUUAGACAGGAUUUGGUCCCUCCUGGUUGCAUGAAAACAGUCUUCGGCAAAGUGAUCUUUGCGACCACGCUUCUUGCAGGAGUGCAAGGAUAAUGCUGAAAGGAAUAGCAAGGUUUAUCUCCAGGGUCCAUAAGUUGGACCCUGGACGUUUUUUGCACGUGGGGACCCAGGCACCACAAAACAUUGCUGUUCGCCUUGAUAACCAAGUUCCAGUUGAGAGUCCCAGAACAGUUUCUCGCACCAGUGAGCGUGACCCGGCCAAGCAUGGAGAGCACCAUGAAGGUCAGCACUACAGCAUCCCCCUCCAGGAUUUGCAGACUGUGUUUCCACAUGGCCUACCUCCUCGCUUUGUCAUGCAGAUGAAGACGUUUGGUGAAGCCUGCCUGAUGAUAAGGAGACCAGCCCUAGAGCUCCUGCAGUACCUGAAACACACCAACUUCGCUCAUCCAGCUGUGCGGUAUCUUCUCUACGGGGAGAAGGGGACAGGAAAAACGCUCAGUCUUUGCCACGCUGUCCAUUUCUGUGCCAAACAGAAUUGGCUGAUACUGCACAUUCCGGACGCUCAUCUUUGGGUGAAAAAUUGCCGGGAACUUUUACAGUCCACUUACAACAAACAGCGCUUUGAUCAACCUUUGGAAGCUUCAACCUGGCUGAAGAAUUUCAGAACUGCAAAUGAACGCUUCCUGAAUCAGAUAAAAAUUCAAGAGAAGUAUAUCUGGAAUAAGAGAGAGAGCACCGAGAAAGGCAGUCCUCUGGGAGAAGUGGUCGAACAGGGCAUAACACGGGUGAGGAACGCCACAGAUGCCGUGGGGAUUGUGCUGAAAGAACUAAAGAGGCAGAGUUCUUCAGGUGAUUUUCACCUCCUGGUGGCAGUGGAUGGAGUCAACGCUCUCUGGGGGAGAACCACACUGAAAAGAGAAGAUAAAAGCCCGAUUGCCCCAGAGGAACUAGCACUUAUUCACAAUCUAAGGAAAAUGAUGAAAAAUGAUUGGCAUGGAGGCGCCAUUGUGUUGACUUUGAGCCAGACUGGAUCUCUCUUUCAGCCCCGGAAAGCCUAUAUGCCCCAGGAGUUGCUGGGAAAGGAAGGAUUUGAUGCCCUGGAUCCCUUUAUUCCCAUCCUGGUUUCCAACUAUAAUCCAAAGGAAUUUGAAAGUUGCAUUCAGUAUUACUUAGAGAACGAUUGGCUUCAACAUGAGAAAGCGCACACGGAGGGAGGCAAGAAGGAGCUGCUGUUCCUAAGCAACGCGAACCCUGGGCAGCUGGAGCGGCUCUGUGCCUACCUCUAAGCCACGGUCACUGUGAGGAAGACGGCGCGUUUCCUUCAAGCUGGACCCAGUCAAAUGGGGAGCCCCACAGCACUCAGAAAGAGCAGCCGGGCUGAACUCGCAGGAUUAGACAGGACUGCAGAGUGACUGAACACAUGCUAACAAGAUGUCUCCUCGUUCCUGAAACUAUCAGAUUACUGAAUGUGGUUUUCACACUCAAGAUAAUCAUGGAUCUUUUUCUUAAAAAAAUAAAUAUCUUCUUUAAGGUGUUGUUUUGGA